CCGCGGAAGAAGUAGAGUAGGUUACGGCACUCGUACAGCGCGCAUAGACAAUAUGGCGCCACGCAGGGAGGCAAGAUCUAACCUCAACCCCGGGAAAUCUUCGAAGAAGACUAACAAGAAUUGGAUAGGAAAUCACCUGCAAUGGCAACGGAUCGCUUCCCUGCUGACCGAUCCGAAGAAGCUGUCGCUGACGGCGAAGUUAUUCGUCGUCCUGGAGAUAGCUCUGAACGUGCUGAUCAUCGAGCGGGUGCCGUACACCGAGAUCGACUGGAGGGCGUACAUGCAGGAGGUCGAGGGCUUCCUGAACGGCACUUUGGAUUACUCCAAGUUGAGAGGUGACACCGGCCCGCUGGUUUACCCCGCCGGAUUCGUCUACAUCUUCAGCGGCCUGUAUUACAUAACCUCGCACGGCACGAGCGUGAGAGUGGCGCAGUACCUCUUCGCGGCUCUCUACGUAGUCACGUUAAUGCUGGUCUUCCGAAUUUACGCGAGGACUAAGAAGGUUCCGCCUUACGUCUUAAUCCUGAUGUGCUGCACUUCCUACAGGAUACACUCGAUAUUCGUCCUGAGGCUGUUCAACGAUCCAGUAGCAAUGGCGCUGUUAUUUGCGAGCGUCAAUGCCUUCCUGGACAGCCGCUGGUGCCUGGGUAGCAUAUUGUACAGUCUCGCGGUAUCAGUGAAAAUGAAUAUACUCUUGUUCGCCCCCGCGCUUCUCAUCGCUUACAUAUGUGCAUUAGGAACGUUUAAAACAUUAUUACAUUUAUCUAUUUGCGCACUUGUACAGAUUAUCCUUGGUUCUCCGUUUCUGUUAGACAAUCCGCUUGCAUAUGUAAAGGGUGCCUUUAACUUGGGUAGAAUCUUUGAAUUUAAAUGGACUGUAAAUUGGAGAUUCCUAUCUCAGGAAACGUUUAGUCAUCCGUAUUUCCAUGUUCUCCUGUUGGUUUUACAUGUAUUAACAUUAUUCUAUUGUGCACCCAGUUGGAUCACCUACAUGAAGUCGUACGUAAAACUGAAGCGCGUGGAAAGAGAUUUAAAACCUCAGCUUCGUAAGAAGGAGAAAAUAGACAUGUGCAUCACGAGUCAAUUAUUUAUUUAUCCGCUUUUUGUUGCGAAUUUUAUUGGUAUUAUGUUCAGCAGAUCGUUGCAUUAUCAGUUCUACAUAUGGUACUAUCAUACACUACCGUACAUCGCAUGGUGUACCGAUUAUAAGACUGUUUUUAAAUUGACUGUCUUGGGUGUGAUAGAAUUAUGUUGGAAUACGUAUCCAAGCACGGUAUACAGCAGUGCAGCGUUGCACAUAUGUCAUAUAGUUCUGCUACAUGGAAUCUUAAAAAAUAGGUCGGAUAGUGCAAAAGAAAAAUGAGAAAUCAGAUAUAUACAAUAUUUUUUUAAUUUACAAUAUUUUAAUUGAGAAUUAUUAAAUUCUCAAUUUUCUUAUGUAUUAUUUUAUAUAAAAUAUAUAAAAUAAUGAAACGUACCCAUAUCUUAUUUAGUAUAAAAAUUAUAUUAAAUUAUGUUUGUACCUUGUGUAUAAACUACGUGUAUAAAAUUAGUUAUAUUUACACACUUAUAAUCUUGUUAUUUAUUAGGAUUCUUGUUAGGAUUGUUAAAAAAUGUACGAAUGCUAAUUGAAUGUAAAGUUAACGCUUUUUGUACAUACUGAAUAAAUGAUAAACAUUUGAUAAAAAGUG